CCUGCGUUGCUUUUUUUUAUUAUGGGGCCUGGAGGGCAGCAGAUCUUGCAGGCUGGUGUUGCUCUUCUGCCUUGCCAGCAAUCUGCCGAGAACUGUAAUUUUUUUAUUUUUUUCCCCAAGAUGCUGCAGUAAAUUUUAGUCCCAGGAAAUCAGGUGGACAAAAUAUCCCGAGUAACCUGAGGCAUUUGUUACUGUUUGAGAACGAACACUAUCUAGGCACAGAUGAUGGCAAAAAAUUCCUUAGAAGGGUCUAAGGAAGACCUGAGCAAAAUUUCAGAAGAGGAGAUGCUGAGGUGGAGCAAGGAAGAGCUGGUGAAAAGACUGAGGAAAGUGGAGAAUGAAAAGAUGAACUUAAUGGUGGAACAUGGCAACUUAAUGAAGGAUGUGAACCGGCGGCUGCAGCUCCACCUGCACGAGAUCCGUGGGCUGAAGGAGGUGAACCAGAAGUUGCAGGACGAUAACCAGGAACUGCGGGAGCUCUGCUGCUUCCUGGAUGAUGACAGGCAGAAAGGCAAGAAGCUGUCGAGGGAAUGGCAGCGGUUCGGGAGGCACACGGCCAGCGUGAUGUGGAAGGAGGUGGGCAUGUACCAGCAGAAGCUGAAGGACCUGGAGGCCAGGCAGGAGACCCUGCUGCGGGAGAAUGUGGAGCUGAAGGAGAUGGUGCUCAUGCUGGAUGAGGAGCGGAGCGGGGCCGGCUCGCGGAGCUCCAUCGACAGCCAGGCCAGUCUCACCAACCUCAAUGGUGGGUCGGGCACCAGGGACGUGGGGGACGGCAGCAGCACCUCCAGCACGGGCAGUGCAGGAAGCCCUGACCACCAUCACCACCAUCUCCACCACCACAAGCCUGGAGACAGCAAGGCCGGGGCCAUGCGGAGGUCUAUGGAUGACCUGUCUGCACCUCUCCAUCACCGGAGCAUCCCCAAUGGUCUCAAUGAUUCAUCUUCCAACUACAUCAGACAACUUGAAACAAAAGUGAAACUUCUGGAAGAUGACAACAAGCUUCUCUCUCAGCAGUCCAGCAGUGGGGAGCUGAGGACUCUCAGAAAGGGGUUAUCCCCCUACCACUCCGAGUCACAGCUGUCGUCACUGCCGCAGUACCAGGAUGCCAUGCAAAACGGACCAGCACGCAUGACAUCUGACCUGGGGUCUUCUCCUGCAGCAGGGUAUGUCCCUGUUGGUCAGAAACCAGAGGCUGUUGUGCAUGCUAUGAAGGUCCUUGAGGUCCAUGAAAAUUUGGACAGGCAAAUGCAAGAUAACUAUGAAGAAGAUCUGAGCGAGAAGGAGAAAGCGAUUGUUCGUGAGAUGUGCAAUGUUGUCUGGCGAAAGCUGGGUGAUGCUGCGAGCUCCAAACCCUCCAUCAGGCAACACCUUUCAGGAAACCAGUUCAAGGGUCCGUUGUAGGAGCGUCGUCCUGCAGACUGGCAGUGACUCCAUGAGGACUAAAAGAGAGAGAGUUGCUCUUUCUGGCUGCUUGCUCUCUGGGACUCGGGGGUUGAUAUUUUCAAGCUUUUUUUCCUAUUUUUGCUUUUUUUUGUAACUGUCAAUAGUGUAAAUAUGGCAGCUAAAAGCCUGAUUUCAGGCUGUGGUGCUCUGGAACGGAUGUUCGAUGGGUAACCAUUCAGUAAUGCCAGACUUGCAUCAUUUGUAUCGUAGUCCAAACCCGCUUUGUUGUAUGGUCUGUUUGUAGAAUUAACUUGAGAGAAUUUCUAAGAAGAACAAGAAGAAACUUUAACCCACGGAGAUGUCACAGUGUGUCCUGCUUCUGUCCACCUGCUUGGUGACUGCUUGGUGAAUGGCUCCAGGCAGCACAUUUUUGGACCCUUCCAAGGAAACAGCGAUUUGAAUUCCCUGGUUUACAGGCUGCCCAUUUCCUAAGCUGCUCCUGUUUGUUUGGGAGGUCCUGAUUUAGGGGAAGGACAUGUUGCUGUUUUCUCAAGGCGCUGUGAGGAGGGAUUAAACCCUCAUACUGCUUCGUGCGCUGUACUGUGGUGUCCGUCUCACAAGCAUCCGGAAGAGCCUGAGGCUCCGUGUGAGCUGGUGAUGACGGAUUUCUCACCAACAAAUGAUACUCGUGACUUCUGCAGUCAUAAUGUGAAUGAACUGAAGUCGCUUGGCCAGGCACCAGUAUUCCCUACAGAUCUGGCCACACAAUUCCCAUAAAGUUUUUCUUAUUACACAACUCAGCAGAAACAGCCGUCCUAGCAGCACUUACGGCUUUCACAGUAUCUUCAAGAGCAGCUCAUCUUUCACAUAUGGAAUAUUUGGGUAUUUUUUUGAACGGUCUUGCUGGAACCCUCACCUGUAUUGGCUGUCACAUAUGGUGACCAACCAACAACUUCCUGCCACUGAAGCUUUAUUUUUGUUAAUGAACCAAAACAAGUGGGUUUUUCCUCCUUCAAAUGGCUGUACAUAAAAACAAUGGGACUUUUAUUUUGUUAGUGUGGAGUAGCUGCUUGUAUAGGUGUAGUAAGAAUUUGACCCCCUUUCUUUUCCAACCUGUCACAGCCACUGGCCCUGUAUUUCAGUAGAUGUUUCUCCCCAUCUUUUCCUGAUAGUCUAAGCAAGCUGGAGAUUGUUAUUAAACCCACUGGUGUAAAAUAAUGUUAAAGACUGGCGUGUGUAAAGAUCAACACCUCCUCUGCAAAAGUUGCGUUGUUUUGGUGAUUAGCUUGAAGAUUUAGUGACUUCAAACCUCAUCACUUUCUUUUUAUUCUCUGUAAGGAUCAGUCAGCUGAGAGUUGAAAUGGCUCGACAGGCUCUUGCUGCUAAGGGAACGUGCUCUACUAGUUGAAUUCUCGACUCCUGUUAUUAUACUGAUGUGGAGCACCAAUAAAAAUCAAGGAGCUAGUGCCUGCAAGUUAUUAAACAGGCGAUUGGUCUCAUUGUAUAUAGUGUAACUAGCUGCCUGGAAACUCUUAAUUUGCAGGGUCAAAGCCUAGGUCUGUAACCCAUAAGAAGCUAGAGAAUCCAACCGAACAAGUACUAACCAGUAAAAAUAAGAACUUACAGUGUAGGGUGUAGAAAUAAAAACCUAACAGUCAAGAUAAGCAAUUUGUUUUAAAAAGAAGAGCUCAAGAACAAGAUGCCCUCCCCACCCUAACCUAGCCACUGGCCAGCAGCUCAUUUCCUGCAGUGAGCAGAGACAGAGCCGGCUGACUGUAACUCCAGUCAGUACCUGCUUCCAGGAUGAGUCCAGAAAAAUCCAUUCUAGCAUAUGGUGUCCUUCAAAAUACGACAUCUUUAGAGCAUUCCUGAUUUCCUACCCUUUUUUUGUUUUGCCUGUCAUCGUUCAUCCAGUUUCCAUUAGCCUAUGAUUACUUUUCUUCCUCCUGUAUACAUUUAUAUGCUGAGAUGUUCCUACCACAAAAGGUGUUGUGUUUCUGCCCCUUCCAGAGAAGGGAAAAUCAGACACAUCAUUCUUUAACAUCUAAUGUUUAACAGAGGGUUACUUUAAUCCAUCUGCCCACAAACCCAUUUUAAUUUUGGUGGAAUCUAAUCUCUGGAUUAAGGAGGAGAAUUUAGACCCACUGGGAGCAGGGUUAAUUGAUGCCAGUGAGUUUUAAGUAAAGCAAUGUAAAUGCUGCCAACACUUUGAGAAAGUGUGCUGAUGACGUGCUUACUAUUUUAGGAGUUUAUUAGACUAGCAGGUCCUCUCAACAGGGUGAGUGAUGCUAAUCAGACUACUAUUCUAAACAACCGUGAAGCUCUCAAACAAAUAUUCCCCUUACCAAACUUCUCAAUAUCUAUUUGGCGACGUUAGGCCAGGUCUGUUUCAUUCCACCUGCAGAUCUCACCUACAAGGGAUGCAGUGCUGUAAUCGAGGUCCAGUAGCAUUACAAAUCCUAAAAAAGCCAAUUUACAGGGUAGCAAAUUAGUUCAGUUGAAUAACCUUCGUACUUGUAGGGUAUAAUUUGUAUUUUUGGUGAUUUAACUUGGCAGCAUACGUCUUCAAUGCAAGAUGUGCAUUUUUCAUUUCCAGAACAACAUAACAGUGUUAUACGUGGAGUUUUUUGUUUGGGGCUUGCUACUCUUCAUACGUAGCUCCACUUGAGCUAAAUAGUGUCUUCCUGAGGAAAAAUGACACUCAAUGACUUUAAAGGAUGACUUGGGUGCUAGACUUUGAGCUGCCUAAAAAGGCAGCUUUCUAUGAAUUUUGAAAUCCAUUUAACUAUGCGCUAAGUCUUCGGUGAAAACUACCUGAGGAGGUUUGUACAUUAAGUUGGAGGGGAGCAUCCCUUGAAAGAGCAGCCAUAACGUGGACAGAUCUGGGGGCAACAGCCUCAGGUUCAUCUCCCCAACACUGAAGCGCUGGGUUCUGCCAUCCCCCAGCAAUGGAAGCAACCCCUCCUUCCUGACGGACCCCAGGGCUUGGGAAGGCAGAAUCCCAUCCUCAACACUUGUCGGAGUGACUCAAUAGCCUCCCUGUAAGAGCUUUUCAAACACUGUGGUACCAUCAGCUUCAGUUGGCUCUUUGCACCUUGAUAAGACUGCUGAGCACAACCUUGUUUGAGAAUGGCACAUUUUUAUCCAAAUAUAAAAUAUUUAAAAAAAAAAAGAAAGAAAAAAAAAUCAGUGUUAAAGUGACCUUUUAUCUUUCUAGAAACUGUGGGGGAAGAAUACUACUGAUCUUUUUCAAAGUGCAUGACUGUAAAGUGAUAAAAUUGUAUAUUUUUCAUAAUGUGGGGAAAGUCUAUCUGUGCUGCUUUGGAAAUCAGUCGGAAGUUUGAUUUCUGUUAAACCUGUGAUAUUACAGCCCUGCUAUAUUUUCUGUAUAUGAUUUACAAAGAACUGGAAACGU